AUGUGGGUUCGGUGUGCUGGUCUCAGACCGCCUGACCCGAUGCUCUUAUGGGAGGGGAUGAUGAUCCGUGUCCGAUGGUGUUGUGUGCUCGUAUCACUGCUCGUGUACGUGGGCUCCGCUGAACCGCUCGACUGGCUGCUGUCCGAUAAAGGUCCGUUUCACCGAUCUCAGGAAUUCAUCGAGUUCACCGAACGAUACCAGCACGGGUUUACAACCAGAUACAAAAUAUACAGGGAGUUCGGCCGAUGGAAGGUCAACAGCCUUGCUGCGGAGAGGCAAGAAGGCAACGGGGCGGCCGUGCCCUUUGACCCUGACUUCAUCCAUAACAUCAGGCUUCUGGGGAGAAGGCCAAGUUUGCAGAAAAUAACUGACAACAUCAUUAAGAAAUACGGGACUCAUUUCCUGCUUUCUGCCACUCUCGGAGGCGAGGAGUCCUUGACCAUUUUCGUGGACAAAAGCAAGCUCAGCAGAGGUCAGCAGAAUGGAGGUGCCUCCAACAGUACGGCUGGUCCUUUGACCCUUGAAGCCCUCCACCAACUGGCAGCCUCCUAUUUCAUUGACAGAGACAGCACGCUUCGAACGCUCCAUCACCUUCAGAUCGCCUCUACUGCCAUUAAGGUAACUGAGACCAGGACCGGCCCUCUGGGCUGCAGUAACUAUGACAACCUGGACUCUGUCAGCUCAGUUCUGGUUCACAGCCAGGAAAACAAAGUUCAGUUACAAGGGCUUCAGGCCAUCUUGCCUGGUUAUUUAAGGAACGGCUUUGUUCAGGCCGCCUUAGGAUACAUAGGCUGCAAUGCCGAAGGCCAAUUUGUGUGCAAAGACAACGACUGCUGGUGCCAAUGCAGUACGGCGUUUCCUCGCUGUAACUGCCCUGAGGCCGAUAUCCGCUCUCAGGAGAGCUACCUGGAGCACAUGAAGGAGGCCUGGAGGCAGGAGAACCAGGAUUUUCAAGACUCAGAUGAGUUCCAGAGCUUCAUGGCUAAAUUACCCAGACAGAGUGCUUUAAACUCAUCUCACAUUCAGCAGCUGUGGAGGACAGACAGCGCCUUACAACAGCGCUACAGGCAGCUUGAAUCCCAGCUUAGCCUCCUGCUUACCAAGACACGUCGAACUGCUAACAAGCUCUUCAGACUCAGCAAAAGAUGCCAUACUCAGCCCAAAAUAGUCUCUCUAAGGAAGAGGCCGUUGAGCUUUUGGAUGAAAUUCACCCUUUCCAUCCUGUACUGCAGUGAAAAUAACCAACUGGGAUUUUACACGGAGGAAUUACGGAGCUGCGCCUGUCCGACUGAAUAUCCCUCAUGUCAGGGCAUCAUUCCUUGCGAGGUGGGCGACGGCCCCCGUUGCGCUUCAUGCUCCGCGGACAACCGCACACGAUGCUCCAGCUGCAAUCUGGGUUUCGUCCUCAGCCACGGGGUUUGCAAGUAUGCCGUGCCCAACCCAACAGAUCACUAUUUGGGUUUUGAAACUGACCUGCAGGACCUGGAGAUGCGUUUUUUGCUGCAACACCGCGAUGCCCGCAUCACCACACACGCCAUUUUUGUUAGCAACGACGUUCGCCUCAAUGUUUGGUUUGACCCGUCCUGGAGGAAAAGGAUGCUGCUUACACUAAAGAGCAACAAGUUUAAAUCCAACCGCGUGCACAUGCUGCUCGGUAUCUCGAUGCAGAUCUGCAUCACCAAGAACUCCACAUUCGAGCCUGCGUUGUCUGUCUACGUCAAUCCGUUCGGCGGCAGCCAUUCGGAAAGCUGGAUAAUGCCCACGGAUCACAGUGGCUACCCGGACUGGGAGAAAACCAGGCUGGAGAUUCCGUUGGAUUGUUACAACUGGACUUUGACUUUAGGCAACCGGUGGAAGAGCUUUUUUGAGACGGUUCACUUUUACCUGAGGAGUCGCGUUCGGACCGACACCUCUCAGGGAAAUUAUACGGUCUACAUCGAGCCUCUAGAAGUAGCAGAUCCUUCUCAGAACUUUGGUUACAUGAAGAUCAACAGUAUGCAGUUGUUCGGUUACAGCAUGCACUUUGACCCUGAGGCGAUCCAGGACCUGAUCCUGCAGUUGGACUAUCCGUACACUCAGGGUUCUCAGGACUCUGCUCUGCUGCAGCUAAUGGAGAUCCGAUAUCGGGUCAAUAAGCUGUCUCCUCCUGGUCCACUGCCUUUAGAUUUGUUCUCCUGCCUGCUUCGACACAGACUAAAACUCUCCAGCCCUGAGGUACAGAGAAUACUUUCCACACUGCAGACGUUUAGUGCCAAACAGCCCUUCUACAAAGAGUACGAAGCUGCAAAACUUUGUAGUUAAAAGCGAACCAAUUUAUUUUUGGCAUUGAUGUUUGGCUUUAUUGACUAGAAAACGACUUGGACUGGAAACAGAAAAAUUUCGUUCCCAGGGGAGGGUCAUUGUUGUCGGUGUUUGAUAUUAUUCAUUAUUCUUCAUAGACGCGUUAUAUAUUUGAUGUCUCUGGUUCAAAUGGUAGCUGAGAUGAAACAAAGUUUUGCACAAUUUUAUCAAUUCUGACAUGUUUUAAUGAAAUAAAAUAGCCAAGAAUUGUUGUUA